AUGUCUCCUCACUUCACUCUCACCAGCACCUACCGCGCGCGGGCCUCGUUGUCCUCCGCCGGUCCUCUGGCAUCAUACCUGCUCAGUUUGAUAGCCGCCAAGCAGACCAAUCUCUGCCUCUCGGCCGAUGUCGAGACUUCUGCAGAACUGCUGCAACUCGCCGAAGAAGUGGGCGACUCUAUCUGCCUGCUCAAAACACAUUGCGAUAUCGUCACCGACUGGUCCGACAGGACAGCCCAGGCCCUAAGAGAGGUCGCCGCUCGCAAAUCCUUCCUCAUUUUUGAAGACCGCAAAUUCGCUGAUAUUGGAGAAACCGUACAGAAGCAGUACACUUCUGGACACCACCGCAUCGCCCUGUGGGCCGAAAUCACAAAUGCGCACGUUCUGCCCGGUCCCGCCAUCGUUACCGCACUCGAGAAAGCUGCCGAAACAACCAUUGCCAAGUACAACACUUCUGUAAACACCGAAAUCUCCGCUACACGGCAGGUAAACGGAGCAGGCGAUGACGAAGAUGACGACGAAUUUGAUGACGACAUGAAAAACCCCGACUUCACCAUCGAGUCCCCAAUUGAGAUGGAAGGCGAAGAGAGAAGACUGAGCAUCCGUGCUCCCGACAGGAAGCAGAGUGUGGUGAGCGUCACAACUUCCAUAUCCAUGCGCACAGAAAGCAUAUCGCCUCGGCCCGAACCCAACGACAACGGAGAAGACGUCUUCAACCUCGAUACUGCGACGGAGCUUAUCCGCCUCGGCCCGCCGCCGUUUUUGCGUUCGCUCCUUUUGCUCGCUGAAAUGAGCUCCGAGGGCCACCUCAUGACGCCCGAAUACCAGAAGACAACGGUUCAAAUUGCCCGCAGUCAUCGAGAUUUUGUCAUGGGCUUCAUUGCCCAGCGCAGCUUGAACUCAGAGCCCGAAGACAAUUUCAUUACCAUGACUCCAGGUUGUCAACUACCGCCCCCAGGUCAAGAGGGCAAGAAGCUAGGAGACGCCCUUGGCCAGCAGUACAACACCCCUCACAAGUUGAUUUACGACCAAGGAUGCGAUGUCAUUAUCGUUGGGCGUGGCAUUGUCCGAGCACAAGACCGCAAAUCAGAAGCAGAACGCUACAGGAAAGCCGCAUGGGCAGCCUAUGAGGAGCGAGUACGAAAAGUAUAA